AUGUUAAAAGUUCAGCAGUGUGUAACAGCUGACAGGAUACCCAAGAAAAAGCCAUAUAUUUGUGACAUUUGCUGUAAACAGUUUGAAACUCCAUCAAAAUUAGCUAGGCAUUAUCUGAUACAUACUGGUCAAAAGCCAUUUGAAUGUCAUGUAUGCCAUAAAACAUUUAGGCAGCUAGUCCACGUGGAGAGGCAUCAGUUAACCCAUAAUUUGCCUUUUAAAUGUAUAAUUUGUCAUAGAAACUUCAAAAACUUAAUCACUUUCUUAAAGCAUCAGCAGCUUCAUAAUGAAAAUUAUCAGAAUGAUACCAAGCAAGCAGAAAAUUCUGUGAAUUUUGAGCAAGACAGGGUCACUUAUGGCAUAUUUCGAUGUUCUAUGUGCUGUAAAUCUUUUACAACUGAAGAGAGGUGGAUGCUGCAUCAGUGCCUGAAGGCAGAUCAUCUACGUGGUGCCAGAAGGAGAAAGAAAACCCAUGCCUGUGAAUCGUGUAACAAGACAUUUCCAUCAAGAUCUAAGUUAGAAAGACACUUCCUUAUUCACACUGGCCAGAAACCUUUUAAGUGUUCUUCAUGUGGUAAAUCUUUCAGACAGUCAACACACUUGAAAAUCCAUCAGCUCACACACACAGAAGAAAGGCCUUUUCAGUGCUGCUUUUGUCAGAAGGGGUUUAAAAUACAGAGCAAACUCAUGAAGCACAAACAGCUCCAUGCCAGAAAUAAGAAUUUCCCCAAUAUUUUAUACAAAGCAAAGACUCUUAAAUAUCCCAGACCACAGAACCUGUUGGAAGGAACGAGGGAUAGUUUUGAGAAUGCUGACACCUACGAGUCACAGAAGGACCCACAUGACGUUCACUCGAUUUAUAUCGUACCCUUUCAGUGCCCAGCAUGUGAGCAGUGUUUUGAAACGGAGCAGGUUCUAAAUUUGCACAAAUGCUGUUAUCUGAGAGAUGGCAAAAGUUCAAGUAAUGGUACAGCAGCAAGCAGCUACACAGUCAGCAUGAAAAAUAAGAUCCUCAUGAAGCUGAAGCGUACUGGAGGAAAGGCAACAGAUUUUUCUCUGACUGACAGAAAAAAAAUCAAAUCAGGUCACUUUAAAAGUCCUGACCUGGUUGCAGCUAGAGAUCAGCGUUCUGAUCAGCGUGCUUCCACUAAACCUUUCAAGGAUUGCCAUAGCAAGCUUGACAUGCACAAGGCACUUAGUAAUCGGAUGAAAAGAACGUUAGCUGUGCCAUUACCUAGGCAAGAGCACCCGCAACCUCGUGACUUUGGAAUUAAUUUAAAAGGUAUGCUUACUGGUGAAAGCAUGUUAAACAUCGAUGAUUCACUGCCUAAUAAAGACGACGCUUUUUAUGGUUCAUCAGAUGAUGGCUUCUUUGAUAAUCCAGAAGUACUUCACUGUGCUUUUUCAGCUUCUGCUAAAAAUAUACAUAGCAGACACAAAGUGUGUAAAUGUGACAGAUGUGAAAAAAUCUUUCCGUCUUCAUCCAAACUUCAAAGACAUUAUCUUAUACACACGGGACAGAAGCCCUUUGGCUGUAAUGUUUGUGGGAAGACAUUUAGACAGUCAGCUCACUUAAAAAGACAUCAGCUCACCCAUACUGAAAAGAGACCCCAUAAAAGCUCCGUUUGCCAGGUAGAAUGUGAAAACCUGAACAAACUUUUCAAUCAUCAGGGAGAUCACAUUGAAUUUAAGUCUUCUCAGCCUGUGGGUUAUUCUCAAACACCUUCACGGGCAUCUGGCUUUCAAGAAUUUGAGCUGAUUCAGUCAAAGCAAGCAGCUGAAAUCAAAGUUGAAAUUGAGUCAGGGGACUUUGUUCUUGACACCAGCAGUAGAAACACACAGCCGUAUUUGUGUAGUAAAUUGUUGGAAACAGAGCAAAGCUGUUACAGCUAUUGGCAUGAUUUUUCGGAAGGUACUGAAAAAAGUGAAGUUGUUAACAAAUUGUAUCAGUGCAGUAUCUGCUUUAAAACUUUUAAGUCGCCUUCUAAGCUUGAAAGACAUUACCUAAUGCAUGCUGGACAGAAGCCAUUUGAAUGUUUAGUUUGUGGUAAAAAUUUCAGACAGGCCCCACACUUGAAACGACACCACCUUAUUCACUUUAAAGAGAGCUUAAAACUGAGUUCCACUGAGCAAUAA